GACGGCGAUUCCGUGGUGGUUGCAGGGUCAAUGGCGGCAGCAGAAAGAUGGUAUUUUACCAAAGAACAGUUGGCGUGUACACCGAGCCGAAAAUGUGGUUUGGACGCGGACAAGGAGCUCUCCUACCGACAGCAAGCUGCCAACUUAAUCCAAGAUAUGGGACAGCGAUUGCAAGUCACUCAGCUCUGCAUCAACACCGCCAUCGUGUACAUGCAUCGGUUCUACUACUACCAUUCUUUCACCAAGUUCCACAGAAACUCUAUUGCCGCCUGCGCCCUGUUCCUGGCGGCGAAGGUGGAGGAGCAGCCCCGGAAGCUGGAGCACGUGAUCAAGGUGGCCCACAUGUGCCUGCACCGGGACGCACCCACCCUCAACCCCGCCAGCGAGGCCUACCAAGAGCAAGCACUGGAGCUCGUCCUAAACGAGAACAUGAUGCUUCAGACACUAGGCUUCGACAUAGGGAUUGAGCACCCCCACACCCACGUAGUCAAUUUCUGCCAGUUAGUCAGAGCCAGCAAAGACCUUGCGCAGACGUCGUAUUUCAUGGCCACGAACAGCCUGCACCUGACGAUGAUGUGCCUGCUGUACAAGCCCCGGGUGGUGGCCUGCCUGUGCAUCCACCUUGCGUGCAAGUGGUCCAACUGGGAGAUCCCCAAGUCGAGCGAGGACAAGGACUGGUUCUGGUAUGUGGAGCAGAGCUGCACAGCCGAGCUGCUCGAAGAGCUGACGUCCGACUUCCUGGCCAUCCUGGACAAGUGCCCGAUUCGGCUCAAGCGAAAGAUCAUGAGCGGAGGUGCCGGGGGCAGCGGAUCUUCGGCCGGAGCGUCGACGUCAGCCACAACCACAUCGUCUGCCACAGGCUCCUCUAGAAAGGACGGCCACCCGCCCAUCAAAAAGGAGGAGCGGUCGGGCAACCACGAGGGUGCUGGCGACGGACGCAGCUCUUCCAGCCGCAGCAAGCAGGAGCUGUCCGGCAGCCGCGGCGGAUCCAAGCCGGGGCAGCCGCACAGCAACCCCACGCAGCGCUCUCCGCCGGCGCCCCAGCCAAGCAACCAGGGGGCGGAGCACCUGCUGUCCCCCGGCAAGCGGAAGGAGUCUGGCCACCCGUCGAUGUCCCUGGACGCAUACAGGGACAAGCAGCAGAGGCAGAAGUCCCACCGACCGCACCCAUCCGCGGUCAGCGCGGCGGAGGAGCGCCACCGCUCGUUCUCGCACCAGCCGCCCCCGUCCGCGACCGCAUCUGCGUCGCUCCACCCCCACCGGCCCCAACAGCAUUCGCAGCCCACGAACCACGACACAAACCCACCGGCGACAAUGGACUUCGGAAGGCAGGACGGCGGCGUUUCCGGAACGCAGCAGGAGCAGGUCGCGGACGACUUUGGCUUCGGCUACCCGCCGGCAUUCGAGGCCAGCGGCGGCGACAACUCCGUCGACAGCUUCCCCUUUGGCCUGGACAACCCCGACCUGAUGCCCGCCAUCUCACCGCUCCAGUUUGACGACGACAACAUGGGGGACUCGCAGGAGGCGAACCAGGCUCCUCCUCCCCCCGCCACUGCCCCCAUGGAGAGCAACGGCCCUUCGGUCGUAAAGGCAGAGCCGCGGACGCCCCCCCCUCCCCCGCACCCCGUCAAGCACAGGCCUCAGACCCCUCCACCGCCGCCGCCGCCACCAGCAAAGCAGAGGCCACAGACACCGCCCAAGCCCCGUCCCCAGACCCCACCCCCACCGCCUCCCCCUCCCGCGAAGGUGGCACGGCCCUCCACGCCACCCCUGCCUCCGCCGGUCGUCGCAGUCAAGACUGAGCCGAAGAUUCCGUCACCGCCUCCCGCUCCCGUGGUGAAGGAGAAGGAGAGGUCUUCGGAGCGGAGGGAGCGGAAGGAGCGCCACAAGCACAAGCACGGGUCGUCGGAGCGCUCGCGGAGCAAGCACGGCUCGCCCGGUGCAAACAAGCACGGGCAGGACAAGUCCGGCUCCGCGGACGGCCGGGCGCACGGGAGCGACCGGAUCCCCGAGCCAACCCUGCACCAGCAGGCGAUGAGGAACGCCGCGGAGGCCGCCGGGGCGGCCCCCUCCCCUGCAGAGCCUGCAGAAGCGCACACGGAGGAGCGGGUGGAGCGCAACGGCAUCGGCAAGCACGACCGGAAAUCGUCGGGUAGCUCCAAGUCGGAGGGUUCGUCGCGGAGAGACAAGUCUGAGCGGAGGGAGCGCAAAGAGAGCUCGAGGGAGAAGAACGGCGGAAGCCGGUCCUCCUCGGGCGGAAGCAGUGGGGGCCUCAAGAUCACCAUCACCAAGGAGAAGCUGCAGCAGUCGAGCGGCAGCGGAUCGACAGGCAGCCCGCCCCGGGAGGCUCUCAAGAUCAAGAUCCCUAAGCUUAAGAUCGUGCCCCCGCCGCCCAAGACCCCACCCUCGGAGGGUGGGGCCCCACAGACUCCGCCCCCUCCCCCGAGCAGCGGGCUCAAGCUGAAGAUCAGCAAGGAGAGGCUGAACAGCGGCCGCAAACGAGACCGCCGCUCCGGGGAUGAGGGAGACCACCGCUCGCCCAAGUCGCGGAAGGUCGCCGGCAACGGGGCCAAUCAUGCAUCAGUGUCGGCCGCCGGCCCCGCCCCCCCGGCAGCCCCGCCCUUCACGGGCUACCCGCCGCCCCCCCAGUUUGUGCCGCAGGCCUACUACGCCGCCCCGCCCUUCGCGUUUGCCCCGCCCCCGCCCCCGAUGCACAUGGGUCCGGGGGGGUACCACCCGAUGCCCCAGUACUUCAGCAUCCCCCCGCCCCCUCCCCCGCCCCCCCUGGCCCCGCCCCUGCCCAAAGACCCGCCACUGCCACCCCCGCCGCCGCCUUCGGAGUGACGUGUCGCGUCGUGCCGCGCGUGGAUCAGACGGGACUGCCGCUAGGAUAUCACUUAACCAAUGGCCCCUCCUUGCGCGGGACGUUCGUUGCGGAUGCGAAGCCGGGAGGCGCCCUCAAAAGACUCGGUUUUGCCGAAAUUCCCCCAGGAAAACGGGAAAGACUUUGCCUGUUCAGGAGGUUCGAAAGACCAGAACUCGUUUGUCGUGCAAGCCCGUAGGGUUACGAAGCGUCAUGCGUUUGAGAGGGCAUUUUCUGCAUCACGUUUUGCUUUACUGGAGGUGUUGCUAACGUCUCAAGCCUAAAGUGAAAAAUUUUUUUUUCUAUUUUUUUUGUCUCGCCUUUUUCUACGGUUGUUUUUCCCAGGGUCUGCGGAGCAUCUGUUGGGUUAGCCAAUUGCCCGUGCGGAGAGUGGCAGCCUGGUUGUACAUAGCUAGGACGACGGAAUGACCGCACCGGAGGAUUAGGAACGUUUGUUCGCUUUGAUAUGUUUUGUCACGAGAAGCUAGGUCUAGGAAAGUUUUCCCCGUGCAUUUCUCGUUGGAUUGUUUUUGUCCGCCAAUGUCGAGCGUCAGGAGCUCAGUGGCCCGGCCGGAAGGGCGUGGCGAUGGCCCCGUUAUAAACGCUGGCAGUUGCUGUGUGCCGCUAGCGUUGAGAACACUCAACGCAGUUACGAAAAAAUUUCUAAAAAAAAAAAGGUGUUGAGUUGCUCAGUGUGUGUGUAUGUGUGAAGCUCUGGGUGUAUGCGUCUGUAAAUAGAGAUGCUGUAAAUAGUGGAGUCGCUCAAGGCUGCAAAUGAAUCUGCUGCUGUGGUUGCAAGAAGAUUUGAAGUCAGUUUUUUCUCUUUUUUUUUUUUGGUGGUUGCUUUGGCCAGUAAUGGAUGUUGAGGUCUCGUCACGACGUUGACCAACCUUAAUAUAUAUUAUUUUUUUCGUUCGAUGUGGCGCCAGUUUGUGUUGGAUGCGAGCGGUUUCCAAGGUGCUUAGGUCAGAUGGUGAGCCCCAUGUGUGGGCUUGCCUUGUCUGUGUAAAUAAAAAGGUUCCCUUGCAUAGAAGCCAA